AGAAAGAAUUUCUUUCCCGUCCCUCUCCAUAGACCGCAAACUCUCCUUGUCUCUCGUCUCUCUUUCUUUCUAAUCUUACUAUAACUUAGCUUCCGGCCAUUCUUUUCCACUUGUGUCGAAUUCUUCAUAACCUAUGGGUAAUGUCUUUCAGAUUCAAUUUGGUGAUGCCUUGAUCGAUCGUUGCUGGGAUUGCAUUGCUGGACAAGUUCUUUAUCUAUGUCAGUUUGAAGAUUAUCUUCAAGAUCUUGAGACUGCAAGAGAUAAAUUACAAGAGUUGAUGAACGAUGUGAUGCGGAUGGUUAUCAGUGAGGAAACACCACAAACAGUGAAGCUGGAUCGAGAAGGAGGGUGGCUUUCUUGGGUGGAUGCUACAAUUAUUGAAGUUAAUGCUCUCCUCAACAGAGCUACACAAGAAAGACAGAAAUUGUGUAUCGCAAGCUAUUGCUCCGAGAACUACAAAUCCAGCUACAUGUUUGGGAAAAGUGUUUGCAGAAGUUUCAAACAUGUGGUUGCUUUGAUGAGCGAAGGUGAAUUCAAAGAAAUGGUUAUCAGGGCCCCUGCUGUUCAACUUCAAGCUGAUCUCGAAGCUUUAAGGACUGCAAAACAAGAAUUAUGGGCUUUAAAGGAGGAUGUGAAGCGAAAGAUUACCUUGGAGGAAGGACAACAAAAGAAGGCGCUGCAACAAGUUCAAUUGUGGGUUUCAAUGGCGGAAGCGAUAAUAACAGAAGCAGAGGAGCUCGGAAGAGAUGGCACACAACAAAUUCAGAAAUUGCUAGAGGGUUAUAUUUUCAAUUACAUGUUCGUGGGAAGGGUUGCCAAAAAAUUAGAAGAUGUGAUUGCUGUAAAAGACAAAGGAGAUUUUAAGGAAGUGGUUGAGUGGGCACUUCCAGAACCAGUGGUAAUAAGAAAUUUUAAGCCAACAGUGGGCACUGAAACUACUUUAGACGAGGCAUGGAGUUGUCUCAUGGGAGAUCAAGUGGAAAUUCUAAGCAUGUAUGGUAUGGGAGGAGUAGGCAAAACUACCAUCCUGACUCAAAUCAACCACAGAUUUGCCUUUGCACUCAAUGAUUUUGAUGUUGUGAUUUGGGUUAUUGUUUUUAAAGAUCUAAGCCUGAGAAGAUUAAUAGCAGAUUUGAAAAAAAAUGACUUUUUUGAUGAGAAAUGGGAAAAGAAAAGCAUCGGUAAGAAAGAGGACAUAUUCCAUGUAUUGAGCGGAAAGAAAUUUGUAUUAUUGUUAGAUGACAUAUGGCAGCGAGUUGAACUAGGAGAAAUUGGGGUUGCUUUAGCUACAAGAAAAAACAGAUGCAAGAUAGUAUUCACAACAUGCUCCCAUAGGGUAGGUAGGCAAAUGGAAGCUGAAAAGAUGAUAAAAGUGAAUCGCUUUGAUUGGGAAGAAGCUUGGGCGUUGUUUAAAGAGAAGUUGGGGAUAUUGAUCUUGAUAUUGUUCCUCCUGCUCAGACUGUUGCUAAGGAGUGUAAAGGGUUGCCAAUCGCAUUUAUUAACAUUGAUAGAGCCAUGUCCAGUAGAAUUACAAUGGAAGAAUGGAAGCAUGCUCUUGAGGUACUAAGAUGCUCUGCCUCAAUUUUACCUGACAUGGAAGAUGAGGUCUUUUAAGAUAUGGAGGUUGAGGUAUUUGUACGGUUGAAGUUUAGUUAUGAUAGUCUGUGUAGUGAUAAAGUUAAAGCUUGUUUCUUAUAUUUUUCCUUGUUUCUGGAAGACUUCCAAAUAAUGAAAGAUAACUUGGUACAUUAUUGGAUUUAUGAGAACUCUUGUACCCGCAACGAGGCAUAUUCUAUAAUCAGUUCUCUUGCUGGGGUGUGUUUAUUGGAAGGGAAAGGCAAAUAUGUGAAAAUGCAUGAUGUGAUUCGUGAUAUGGCUCUGUGGAUGCCGUGUAAUUUGAAAAAGAAAAGAGCACAAGUUUUUUGUGAAAGCGGGUGCCCAAUUAACUGAAGUGCCAGAGGUUGGACAAUGGGAAGGAUCAAAACGGAUGUCCCUGAUGGCAAACUCCUUCAUGAGAAUCUAUGAAGUUCCUAGAUGUCCUAAUCUAUUGACUUUAUUUCUUGGCAAUAAUCGUGGUUUGUGGGGGAUAAUUGAUGGUUUCUUUCAGUUUAUGGAUAAACUAACUGUUCUAGACCUCUCUCGCACUUGUACAAGGGAAUUGCCGGUGGGAAUAUCAAAAUUGAUUUUAUUGCAAUAUCUUAAUUUGUCAAGGACAUUUAUAGAGCAAUUGCCAGUUGAGUUGAAAAUGUUGGUAAAUCUGAAAUAUCUGAACUUGGAGCAUAAUUUCAAGCUAAAUAUGAUCCCAAGGGGAGUCAUAUCUGGUUUAUCAUCGUUACAAGUUUUGAGAAUGUAUGGCAAAGUUAGUUUUAAGGGAAAAAAAAAGGAACAUAAUUUAUUGGGGGAAGAUAAUAUGCUACUAGAGGACCAGCAAUGUUUAGAACACUUGGAAGGAAUUGACCAGCACAAAAAGAAGUGUCUCAGUUCUCCAGAGUUUUAUCAGCAUCCACACAUUACUCAACUGUAUUCGAGGUCUAAGGUUUGAAUUGUUUCCAGGUGCACAAUCUCUCAACAUUUGGUGGUUAGCAAAUAUGAAGAAUCUAGUUAUUAUAGAUGUAAUUGGUAAAGGUAAUUCAGAAGACUUGGGUUUCGAUGUUGUAAUGGAAGAUAUAGCAACACAUCAUGCAGCUGGAAGUCUAGGCAACUCAAUGAUCUCAAGGGAGACAUGGUUUAAUAACCUUCGUACAUUGAUUUUAGAGAAUAACCUCAGAUUGAGGGAUCUGACAUGGCUUAUUCUAGCUCCAAAUCUGUCGCAUUUGAAUAUGUAUAAGAACAACCAUAUGGAAGAGAUAAUAAGUGUUGAAAAGUUAGACGAUGUUCAAGUUUGGGAUGAAAAUUUUAACCAUUUUUAAAACUCCAAUUUCUCGCCUUGCAUAAAUUACCAGAACUGAAAAGGAUAUAUCCCAAAGCCUUGUCCUUUCCCUUUCUAGAAAAAAUCAAUGUAUAUAAAUGCCCACAGCUUAAGAAGCUGCCAUUAAACUCGAGCAGCACAAACAGAGGCAAAGUUGAGAUUGAAGCGGAGGAACAAUGGUGGAAAGAUGUUGAAUGGGAGGAUGAUUCUACUAAAACUACCUGUCUACCUUGCUUCAUGCCUUCUUGUCAUCACCUUUGACUUUCACAUUUGCUUGGUUUCCAUAGAGGAUGAGCUGGCAAACUAUGGAGUGGUGUGUUAUGGCCUAAUGCUGCAUUUAGCUUUGGAUGCUGUGUUGGUGAAGUUAUUUUGUUGACUUUGCUGCUUGUGAAUUCUAGAGCAUCAGGGCUGCGAUUCUUGCACCUUUUCUAUCACUAGCUUGUAGCGUGAGGGAACCAGCCAAUUUCAGAUCUGGAGUGUCGCAAGAUGACUAGAUCUGGGACAGUUACUCAAGAAUCUAGGGUUUCAGAGUUGGAGGAACAAGUUAGGGUUUUACAGGAGGAUUUUAAGAAGAAUAAGGAGGAAUUGCAUGGGAAAUCAAGCAAUCUGCAAUAGAAUUAAGGGAGGAAAUCAAGCAAUCUGCAAUUGAUACCAGGAAAAUUAUCCUAGAGGAGUUCCGAUCCUUGUUUGGUGCAAAUUUGGCUGAGAAGGCCAGAGGAAAUCAGCAUGGAGGCAAUGAGGAGGCUGGUACUUCUAUGGCUACUCUUGGAGGAAGGGGAAUUCUUCCUGUGCCAAGGGAGAACAUUAAUACAGGUCAGAGAGGGGCUAAUAGUGCUGGAUCUACAACUGAAGUUGAAGGACAAUCAAGGGAAAAUAGGGGAAGCAAUGCGAAUGAGGCAAUAAAAGCUACUGGGGAGAAUUCUCCAUCGAUUUGCAGUGAAGCUACUAUCCCAACCGAAGGGCAUAUGCUUAUCUCAUUCCCAAUUGACAAACUAGGAGAAUCACUGCAGGUAUACACAUCUUCAAUCAAUAACUUGGUGUAUAUGUUGUAGAAUAUAUUUGACAUUUUCGUAAAAGGAAACUACUAUACCAACAGAAGGGCCAGCGCUGCUUAAUCCCAGUGCCAUAUUUUUGCCUUGUGAAUUUUGCUACUGUUGAUAAUGAUUAUUUUGUUUGGUAUUAUAAUGUCUGAAAUUUUAACUGUUAAA